AUGUCAUCGGAGGAAGUGAGUCUCCAGGUGGAGCUCGGGGAGGCCGAGGACUAUUACGCUCAGGGGGAUCGGAAUAAGGCCUGUGAGCUCCUCAAUAAAAUUGUCUAUUCAAACAAAACCCUAGAGUCCGAUGAUGUAGAUGAGAUUCGGGCGAAGGAGCAGGCUAUAUACCGCCUGGCGGAGAUUCUCGGUGCUAUGAAGCAGGGGGAGGACCUCCUGAAUCUUCUGAAAAGCAUCCGCCCUUUCUUUGCCCUCUUACCUAAAUCGAAGACCACCAAUAUGGUGCGCAAGCUCUUCGAACGUAUCGUGCACUGCGGCGUCUCCCUUGAGAAGCAGCAUGAGUUGUGUUUGGAGACGAUUCAGUGGGCGCGCGUGGAGAAGCGAACCUUCCUACGCCAUCGGCUUCAACUACGCCUUGCGGAGGUUUUGUUCGAGCAGCGGAAGCCUCGUGAGGCGCUAAGCACGCUUAUGGGGCUCCUGCACGAGGUUCGCCGCCUGGACGACCGCAUGCUGCUGUUGGAUAUUUAUCUUCUUGAGAGCAAAAUCAAUUAUUCCAUCCGGAACGCCUCGAAGGCGCGUGCGGCGCUCGUAUCCGCGCGGACAACCGCCAACAGCAUCUACUGCCCGCCGCUUGCGCAGGCCGAGAUCGACCUCCAAUCCGGCGUCCUGCACGCCGACGAGAACGACUACAAAACCGCGUUUUCCUACUUCUACGAGGCCUUUGAGGGCUUCCAUCAGCUGCCGGAUCGCGCGUUGCAGGCGCGGCGGGCGCUGCGCUACCUCAUCCUCGCGACGAUCGCGACCGACAACCCCGACGAGCUCGCCUCGCUGCUGUCGAUGAAGAAUGUGUUGGAGUACACCGGCGACGACAUCGAGGCCCUGCGCGCGAUCGCGAAGGCCUACACCGAUCGCGAUACCCACCGUUUCAACGACGUUCUCACGCAGCAAAAGGCGCUCUCGCAGCGCGCGGCGGGGCCGUCGAGCGGGAGCCUCCCCAGCGCCUUCACCCUCCUCCACGACGAGGUCGUUCGCCGGCAGCUCCAUCAGAUGUACGACACCUUGGUCGAGCGGCAUCUCCUGAAGAUCGUGGAGCCUUAUAACCGGGUGCAGAUCUCCUACCUCGCGUCGAUUCUCGCGCUGAGUGAGGAGGUCGUGGAGUCGCGGCUUUCGCAGCUGAUUUUGGAUAAGAAGCUGCUCGGGAUCGUCGACCAGCAGCACCGCUGCCUGGUCGUGUUUGAGGAUCUCGAAAAGCGGGGCGACGCCGGCAUGAAGGAGUUCUACGAAAACGCCGCGGAGGAGGCCGCGAUGCGGGCGCAGGAUCGCACAACGCUGCAUCAGGAUGCGCUGAUGGUGAUCGAAAGCUACGAUGCACUCGUAACGGCGCUCUUCGAUAAAAUCGCGGGGAAGUUUGACGGGUUAGUGGAGGAGAAUCUCGCAAAACGCCGCGCAGUGAGCGCCCCCGGGUCCUCCGCGGCCAAGGAUGGCAAGGAGAACAAGGAUAACAAAGAGAACAAGGAAUCCUCAAAAAACACAAAGUGA